GAGAGGAACACUUCUCCCAGGCUUCAGCAGAGCCGGCAGGAUGGCGACCGUGGUGGUGGAAGCCACCGAGCCGGAGCCAUCGGGCAGCAUCGGCAACCCGGCGGCGUCUACCUCGCCCAGCCUGUCGCACCGCUUCCUAGACAGCAAGUUCUACUUGCUGGUGGUGGUCGGCGAGACGGUGACCGAAGAGCACCUGAGGCGUGCCAUCGGCAACAUCGAGCUGGGGAUCCGAUCGUGGGACACAAACCUGAUUGAGUGCAACUUGGACCAAGAACUCAAACUUUUCGUAUCUCGACACUCUGCAAGAUUCUCUCCUGAAGUUCCAGGACAAAAGAUUCUUCAUCACCGAAGUGACGUCUUAGAAACAGUAGUUCUGAUCAACCCUUCAGAUGAAGCAGUCAGCACCGAGGUGCGUUUGAUGAUCACGGACGCCGCCCGCCAUAAACUGCUGGUGCUUACUGGACAGUGCUUCGAGAACACAGGCGAGCUCAUCCUCCAGUCUGGCUCGUUCUCCUUCCAGAACUUCAUUGAGAUUUUCACCGAUCAAGAGAUUGGGGAGCUCCUGAGCACCACCCACCCUGCCAACAAAGCCAGCCUCACCCUCUUCUGCCCCGAGGAGGGAGACUGGAAGAACUCCAACCUUGACAGACACAAUCUUCAAGACUUCAUCAACAUUAAGCUCAACUCGGCUUCUAUCUUGCCAGAAAUGGAGGGACUUUCUGAGUUCACCGAGUAUCUCUCAGAGUCUGUAGAAGUGCCCUCUCCCUUUGACAUCCUGGAGCCCCCGACCUCGGGCGGAUUUCUGAAGCUCUCCAAGCCCUGCUGUUACAUUUUCCCAGGGGGCCGUGGGGACUCUGCCCUGUUCGCAGUGAACGGAUUCAAUAUGCUCAUUAACGGAGGAUCCGAGAGGAAGUCUUGCUUCUGGAAGCUCAUUCGGCACUUGGACCGCGUGGACUCCAUCCUGCUCACCCACAUUGGGGACGACAAUUUGCCUGGGAUCAAUAGCAUGCUUCAGCGCAAAAUUGCAGAGCUGGAAGAGGAGCGUUCCCAGGGGUCCACCAGCAACAGUGACUGGAUGAAAAACCUCAUCUCUCCUGACUUGGGGGUUGUGUUUCUCAACGUACCUGAAAAUCUGAAAAACCCAGAACCCAACAUCAAGAUGAAGAGAAGCAUAGAAGAAGCUUGCUUCACGCUCCAGUAUCUAAACAAACUGUCCAUGAAACCAGAGCCCUUAUUUAGAAGUGUAGGCAAUACCAUUGAGCCUGUCAUCCUGUUCCAAAAAAUGGGAGUGGGUAAACUUGAGAUGUACGUGCUUAACCCAGUCAAAAGCAGCAAGGAAAUGCAGUAUUUUAUGCAACAGUGGACUGGCACCAACAAAGACAAGGCCGAACUAAUCCUGCCCAAUGGUCAAGAAGUCGACAUCCCGAUUUCCUACUUAACAUCAGUCUCAUCUCUGAUUGUGUGGCAUCCAGCCAACCCUGCUGAGAAAAUCAUUCGGGUUCUGUUUCCUGGAAACAGCACCCAGUACAACAUCCUAGAAGGACUGGAAAAACUCAAACAUCUAGACUUCCUAAAGCAGCCACUGGCCACGCAGAAAGAUCUCACUGGCCAGGUGUCCACCCCCCCAGUGAAACAGGUCAAACUGAAACAGCGGGCUGACAGCCGAGAGAGUCUGAAGCCAGCCACAAAACCACUCCCUAGUAAAUCAGUGAGGAAGGAGUCCAAGGAGGAAACCCCCGAAGUCACAAAAGCUAGUCAAGCGGAGAAAACACCCAAAGUUGAAAGCAAAGAGAAAGUGAUAGUGAAAAAAGACAAGCCGGUAAAGACAGAAAGUAAACCUUCGGUGACAGAAAAGGAGGUGACCAGCAAAGAGGAGCAGUCCCCCGCGAAAGCUGAGGUAGCUGAGAAGCAAACCCCCGAGAGCAAACCCAAAGUCACCAAAGAGAAAGUGGUCAAAAAGGAAAUAAAGACAAAGCCCGAGGAAAAGAAAGAGGAGAAGCCCAAGAAAGAGGUGGCUAAAAAGGAAGACAAAACGCCCCUCAAGAAAGACGAGAAGCCAAAAAAGGAAGAGGUGAAGAAGGAGAUCAAGAAAGAAAUCAAAAAAGAAGAGAAAAAAGAACUGAAGAAAGAUGUGAAGAAGGAAACACCCCUGAAGGAUGCCAAGAAGGAGGUGAAGAAAGAGGAAAAGAAAGAAGUUAAAAAGGAAGAGAAGGAACCCAAAAAGGAAAUCAAGAAGAUCUCCAAGGACAUAAAGAAAUCGACUCCUCUGUCAGACACAAAGAAACCAGCUGCAUUGAAACCAAAAGUAGCAAAGAAAGAAGAGUCCACCAAGAAGGAGCCUAUUGCUGCUGGGAAACUCAAGGACAAGGGGAAGGUCAAAGUCAUUAAAAAGGAAGGCAAGACCGCAGAAGCAGCUGCCACAGCUGUUGGCACCGCUGCCACCACAGCUGCCGCAGUGGCUGCAGCUGGAAUAGCGGCCAGUGGUCCUGCCAAAGAACUUGAAGCUGAGAGGUCCCUUAUGUCAUCCCCUGAGGAUCUGACCAAGGACUUUGAGGAGCUGAAGGCUGAGGAGAUUGAUGUGGCCAAGGACAUCAAGCCUCAGCUGGAGCUCAUUGAAGAUGAAGAGAAACUAAAGGAAACAGAGCCGGAAGAAGCCUACGUCAUCCAGAAAGAGACGGAAGUCAGCAAAGGUUCUGCUGAGUCACCUGAUGAGGGGAUCACCACCACCGAGGGGGAGGGGGAGUGUGAGCAGACCCCUGAGGAGCUGGAGCCAGUUGAGAAGCAGGGCGUGGAUGACAUUGAGAAGUUUGAAGAUGAAGGAGCUGGUUUUGAGGAAUCCUCAGAGGCUGGAGACUAUGAAGAGAAGGCAGAAACUGAGGAGGCCGAGGAGCCGGAAGAUGACGGAGAAGACAAUGUGAGCGGGAGUGCCUCUAAGCACAGCCCCACAGAAGAUGACGAAAGUGCCAAGGCUGAGGCGGACGUGCACAUCAAGGAGAAGAGGGAGUCUGUGGCCAGUGGCGACGACCGGGCAGAAGAAGACAUGGAUGAAGUACUUGAGAAAGGAGAAGCUGAACAAUCUGAGGAGGAGGGUGAAGAGGACAAAACAGAGGAUGCCAGAGAGGAAGACUACGAGCCUGACAAAAUGGAGGCUGAAGAUUAUGUGAUGGCUGUCGCUGACAAGGCCGCUGAGGCUGGAGUCACCGAGGAGCAGUAUGGCUUCCUGGGCACAUCAGCCAAGCAACUCGGAGGCCAGUCUCCUAGCCGAGAACCUGCAUCUUCAAUUCAUGAUGAGACCCUGCCUGGAGGCUCUGAGAGCGAGGCCACUGCUUCAGAUGAGGAGAAUCGGGAAGACCAGCCUGAGGAAUUCACUGCCACCUCUGGAUACACUCAGUCUACCAUUGAGAUAUCUAGCGAGCCUACUCCAAUGGAUGAGAUGUCUACUCCUCGUGACGUGAUGAGUGACGAGACCAAUAAUGAAGAGACAGAGUCCCCGUCUCAGGAGUUCGUAAACAUCACCAAAUACGAAUCUUCACUGUAUUCUCAGGAGUACUCCAAACCGGCCGUUGCCUCAUUCAACGGAUUGUCAGACGGGUCAAAAACAGAUGCCACGGAUGGUAAGGAUUACAACGCCUCCGCCUCCACCAUAUCACCACCUUCGUCCAUGGAAGAGGACAAAUUCAGCAAGUCUGCUCUUCGAGAUGCUUACUGCUCAGAAGAGAAAGAAGUGAAAGCUGGUACCGAGUUGGGCAUCAGAGAUGUUUCAGAUGAGAGACUUAGCCCAGCCAAGAGUCCAUCCUUGAGUCCGUCUCCACCAUCACCCAUAGAGAAGACUCCCCUGGGUGAACGUUGCGUGAAUUUCUCUCUGACACCCAAUGAGAUUAAAGUGUCGGCAGAGGGAGAAGCAACAUCAGUGUCCCCUGGAGUGACCCAAGCAGUAGUUGAAGAACAUUGUGCCAGUCCUGAGGAGAAGACUCUGGAAGUAGUGUCACCAUCUCAGUCCGUGACAGGCAGUGCUGGCCACACACCUUACUACCAAUCUCCUACCGAUGAAAAGUCCAGUCACCUACCUACAGAAGUCACUGAAAAGCCACAGGCAGUUCCGGUGAGCUUUGAAUUCAGUGAGGCCAAAGAUGAGAAUGAGAGAUCCUCCAUAAGCCCCAUGGAUGAACCCGUGCCUGACUCGGAGUCUCCUGUGGAGAAAGUUCUGUCUCCUUUACGCAGCCCUCCCCUCAUCGGGUCUGAGUCCGCAUAUGAAGACUUCCUGAGUGCUGAUAGCAAGGCCCUUGGCAGACGCUCUGAAAGCCCCUUUGAAGGAAAGAAUGGAAAGCCAGGCUUCCCAGACAGAGAAAGCCCAGUUUCUGACCUGAGUUCUGCUGGUCUUUACCAAGACAAACAAGAAGAGAAAGGCACAGGCUUCAUACCCAUAAAGGAAGACUUUGGUCCAGAAAAGAAAACCAGUGAUGUCGAAAUCAUGAGUUCUCAAUCAGCUCUGGCUUUGGAUGAAAGGAAAUUGGGAGGAGAUGUAUCUCCAACACAAAUAGAUGUCAGUCAGUUUGGCUCCUUCAAAGAAGACACCAAGAUGUCCAUUUCAGAAGGCACAGUCUCAGACAAGUCAGCCACACCUGUGGAUGAGGGUGUGGCAGAAGACACCUACUCUCACAUGGAGGGUGUGGCCUCAGUCUCCACUGCCUCUGUGGCUACAAGCUCGUUUCCAGAGCCAACCACAGAUGACGUGUCUCCUUCUCUGCAUGCUGAAGUGGGUUCUCCACAUUCCACAGAGGUUGAUGACUCCCUGUCAGUUUCUGUGGUGCAAACACCUACCACUUUCCAGGAAACAGAAAUGUCCCCGUCGAAAGAAGAGUGCCCAAGACCAAUGUCAAUUUCUCCUCCAGACUUCUCCCCUAAGACAGCCAAAUCCAGGACACCAGUUCAAGAUCACCGAUCCGAACAGUCUUCGAUGUCUAUUGAGUUUGGCCAGGAAUCCCCUGAGCAUUCUCUUGCUAUGGACUUCAGUCGGCAGUCUCCGGAUCACCCUACUAUGGGUGCUGGUGUGCUUCACAUCACUGAAAAUGGGCCGACUGAGGUGGACUACAGUCCCUCUGAUAUCCAGGACUCUAGUUUGUCACAUAAGAUCCCGCCAAUGGAAGAGCCGUCCUACACCCAGGAUAACGAUCUGUCUGAGCUUCUCUCUGUGUCUCAGGUAGAGGCUUCACCAUCCACCUCUUCUGCUCACACCCCUUCUCAGAUAGCCUCUCCUCUUCAGGAAGACACUCUCUCUGAUGUCAUUCCUCCCAGGGAGAUGUCCUUAUAUGCCUCUCUUGCGUCCGAAAAAGUGCAGAGCCUGGAAGGAGAGAAACUCUCUCCGAAAUCUGAUAUUUCUCCACUCACCCCACGAGAGUCCUCACCUUUAUAUUCACCUGGCUUUUCAGAUUCUACCUCUGCAGCUAAAGAGGCUGCAGGAGCUCGCCAAGCCUCCUCUUCCCCACCGUUAGAUGCAGCAACCGCGGAGCCCUAUGGCUUCCGCUCCUCAGCGUUAUUUGAUACGAUGCAACAUCAUCUGGCCUUGAACCAAGAUUUGACUACACCUAGUGUGGAGAAGGACAGCGGAGGGAAGACACCCGGUGACUUCGCCUAUGCCUAUCAAAAGCCCGAGAAUGCCACCGGAUCUCCAGAUGAAGAAGAUUACGACUAUGACUCGCACGAGAAAACCAUCCGGACCCACGAUGUGGGUGGUUACUACUAUGAGAAGACAGAGAGAAGCAUAAAAUCCCCAUGUGACAGUGGAUACUCCUAUGAGACCAUUGAGAAGACCACCAAGACCCCAGAAGAUGGUGGCUACACCUGUGAAAUUACUGAGAAAACCACUCGGACCCCUGAAGAGGGUGGGUAUUCAUAUGAGAUCAGCGAGAAGACGACACGGACCCCUGACGUAAGUGGCUACACCUACGAAAAGACUGAGAGGUCCAGAAGGCUCCUGGAUGACAUUAGCAAUGGCUACGAUGACACUGAGGAUGGCGGCCACACACUUGGCGACUGUAGCUACUCCUACGAAACCACUGAGAAAAUUACCAGCUUUCCUGAGUCUGAAAGCUAUUCCUAUGAGACAACCACAAAAACAACACGGAGCCCAGACACCUCUGCAUACUGUUACGAGACCAUGGAGAAGAUCACCAAGACCCCACAGGCAUCCACAUACUCCUAUGAGACCUCAGACCGAUGCUACACUACAGAAAAGAAGUCCCCCUCAGAGGCACGCCAGGAUGUUGAUUUAUGUCUGGUGUCCUCCUGUGAAUUCAAACAUCCCAAGACUGAGCUCUCGCCUUCCUUCAUUAAUCCAAAUCCUCUCGAGUGGUUUGCUGGUGAAGAGCCCACUGAAGAAUCCGAGAAGCCACUCACUCAGUCUGGAGGCGCCCCCCCACCUUCAGGAGGAAAACCACAGGGAAGGCAAUGCGAUGAAACCCCACCCACCUCGGUCAGUGAGUCAGCUCCAUCCCAGACGGACUCUGAUGUUCCCCCAGAGACGGAGGAGUGUCCCUCCAUCACAGCCGACGCCAAUAUUGACUCCGAAGACGAGUCAGAAACCAUCCCCACAGACAAAACCGUCACAUACAAACACAUGGACCCACCUCCUGCCCCCAUGCAAGACCGAAGCCCUUCUCCUCGUCACCCUGAUGUGUCCAUGGUGGACCCAGAGGCCUUGGCUAUUGAUCAGAACCUAGGCAAGGCUCUGAAGAAGGACCUGAAGGAGAAGACCAAGACCAAGAAGCCAGGCACGAAGACCAAGUCCUCUUCACCUGUCAAAAAGGGUGAUGGGAAGUCCAAGCCUUUAGCAGCGUCCCCUAAACCGGGAGCUUUGAAGGAAUCCUCUGACAAGGUGUCCAGAGUGGCUUCUCCCAAGAAGAAAGAGUCCAUGGAAAAAGUUACGAAGACCACCACCACUCCUGAGGUCAAAGCCACACGCGGCGAAGAGAAGGACAAGGAGACUAAGAACGCAGCCAACGCGUCUGCAUCCAAGUCAGCGAAGACGGCAGCGGCAGGAUCAGGAACCACGAAGACAGCCAAGUCGUCCACCGUGCCUCCAGGCCUCCCUGUGUAUUUAGACCUGUGCUAUAUUCCCAACCACAGCAACAGUAAGAACGUUGAUGUCGAGUUUUUCAAGAGAGUGAGGUCAUCUUACUACGUGGUGAGUGGGAACGACCCUGCCGCCGAGGAGCCCAGCCGGGCUGUCCUGGAUGCCUUGUUGGAAGGGAAGGCUCAGUGGGGAAGCAACAUGCAGGUGACUCUCAUCCCAACACACGACUCCGAGGUGAUGAGGGAGUGGUACCAGGAGACCCACGAGAAGCAGCAGGACCUCAACAUCAUGGUCUUAGCAAGCAGUAGUACAGUGGUCAUGCAAGACGAGUCCUUCCCCGCAUGCAAGAUAGAACUGUAGAAACCGCAGCCGGCCGCACCACAGGAUUUGAACUGUGUUUCCGGAAAUUCUUGAAUUUGAAACUACCUUUUCUAAAGCGUCCAUUCAUCUAAUUAAGUCACUGAACUAUAUUACCUGCCAGAUGUUCUACUAUGUCAUGGUGAUGAAAGUCACUGACAUUUCUCAAUGUUCGCCGACCGCUAAGGGAAGUAACCACAUUCCCACAAUAGAUUUCGAGUUAUUGCAAAAUUACCUACCCCCCGUUCAUCUCUGCUGAACAUUUGGAAGCCAUGCACUCGCGCACCCAACUGACUUCUGCUAGGUAUUGGCAUUUAUCUUAGAGAGAGAAAGAGAGAGGGAAAGAGAGUCAGUGGGAGGGGAGGGAGAGAGGCAGGAGAGAGGGACAAAGAAACUGCAGGAGAGAGAGAGAGAGUGAGAGAGAAAGAAUCAGAAAGAAAAAAGAAAGCAAGAGACAAAGGCGGAGAGUUCUGAUGAGAUGCCCAGGGAGGAAGAGUGGGCAGGAUGGGGUAUAGAGACACACCAGCAACUAGGUCUGCAUUUUCUUAGACCACAGCUAGUCUGUGGUCUACACAGGUGGAGUUUUCCAUUUUCAUCAGAGUCAUCGGAAAGAGUCUUAAUCUCCUAAAGCAUGGUUCUUAAGAACAGAAUGAAGCCUGUUAGGAGGGCAUGAGAUUUUUCACGCCUUAAUUCAAUGCCUUUGCUGUGGUAAAGGCUGCUCACGGCAUGAUGUAGCGAGUGUAGACUGGACGAGCGAGUGGUUUGAGCCCCAUUCAGAACUCUCAGACUUUUCAAACACAUCAGUAGGUUGAUCUAAGGCAUGCUCCCAGCAUUUGUCUACCCAAGUCCACACCAAAUCAACCUGCAUGCAACAACACCCGAGUCCACCCCAGUUAACUGAAGCAAAUACCAAAGCAGUUGGGAGUACACAAGGGAGACAUUUUGCCUUAGGAAGUGACUUGAAUGUACAAAGUUACCCGAUGCACUUAUUUUUUAAUGUGAGACAGCAAGUUUUUAAAACAUCCACGUAGGACUGUAGAUACUCCAGGUAAGGGAGCGUGUUGGGAGGGAAGCUCGUCUGAUUGGCCCAACGGUGUAGUGCAGAGUCAUACUUGGUGAAUGUCACCACUGCUGAUGUACCCGGGGCCGCUCAGCCAAAUACACUGCACCUUUUGUAGCUUCUUUAUUGCUUCAAGUUCAAGACUGAAACGGCUUCUUUGAUCAGAACCAGGAAGACAGCAAAUCUUGUGAUGGAAGAGGUUCUCAGCAAGUGUACAGUAUCUGCCUUCCUUUGUCUUGCAUUGGCUAUUUUAAUUUUCCAUUAAUUUCAACACACGGGAACACAUACAUGUACAGAAGAUUUUUUUUUUAGCUAUGUGAGAACUUUUUCAUAGAUGAACUUUUUAAUCAAUGUUUUCAUUUACAGAAAAAUGCAAAGAAAAAUUUGAAGCGAUGGUCUUUUUUUUUAAUUAUCAUUUUAAGUGUUUUGUAAGAAAAAAUUGAAGUUUUUUGAGGUUCUGGCAAGAUGUGAAGUCUGAUAUUGAAGUCGUAAUAUUUAUUUAAAUACUCCCUGUCGCUACCGGAAAUGGCGGUACCUCCCGCCCUUUGACUCGCAUGCGUGAAAGUGUGAGUCGCGCUGUGUGAGAGCGGGUAGGUGGCGGGUAGGUUCCUGUUCCAGGAAUCACCCAGUGCUAUCCCCUCCUCCAAGUUGAGAAGCAACCUAGCACCAGUUUGCUUCGUGGUUUUCUCUUCUGGAAAACAUUCAGUGGAAGAAAUAAUAGAUUGAAAACAAAUGAAUUCUCAGCUUCUAUGUUCACCAUGUAGAGAGUUCAGACAUAAUGUCCACCGCCGUCAUCACCAAACCACAGACUUGGGACGCCAGAUCACGAGGACAACUUUCUCCAAGUUUCAAGUGGCAGAUCCACUUACCAGGGUUCAGAGGCGGCAGACUUCUCAGUGACAG